AGUUUGACAACCUACAAUAAUUAAUCACACUCACAGUAGAUUUGGGUAAUGCUGUGUUAGCUGUGUAUUAGAUCAUUUACGUAUAUAUUUUUGAUAAAUAUAAUCGAUUUUAACUGAAGUGAAAUAUAAUACUUUCGUAAACUCACUAUCUACAGUUUUUCUUACGAAUUAUGCGUAUUUGAUCAUCUAAAAUGUCGCUUGUUACCGGCACUCUCAAUCAGUACAUACAAUUUGUUGAGCGUAUGUUUAGGACCUCUCAAGGGAACAUACUUGCUCGCUUGUUAAGUCUAAGAGAUGAUCAUGUUGCCAAUAGAAACCUGCUGUCGAGUGACAUUGCUACCCUUGUUGAAGGGAAUUGUGUCGCUCCAUUGGAUGAAAUAAUCAUCAGUCAUCUCUUGUGCGUUAAAUCACUGUAUAUGAAAGACUUCAUAGAUGCCUAUGCCCAUCAAAGUGCUUGUGUGGGCUCGGUAGUGCGGCUACUGCAGGCGCAGAAGGAGGUCAACUGGGGUUUGCCGCUCAUGUAUACAGUCUGCUUGGAUCUCAGGCUUGUAGCUCAGAAAGCUGAAGCUCGCACACCCCAAAGUAAUGGAAAAAUUCUUGAAAAGGCAGCAGAGUGUCUGCUCGCCUGCUUCAGGGUGUGCGCCGCAGACAAUCGCUCAUCAGAUGCUGAUACGAAAAGAUUGGGAAUGUUGAACCUAGUCAACCAACUACUCAAAGUAUACUUUAGAAUCAAUAAGCUUCAUUUAUGCAAACCAUUGAUAAGAGCCAUUGACUCUUCACCGUUCAAAGAUCAGUUUCCAUUAGCUCAACAAAUUACGUACAGAUAUUUCGUCGGACGAAAGGCUAUGUUCGAUUCUGACUAUCGCUCUGCUGAUGAAUAUCUGGCAUUUGCAUUCCAAAAUUGCCACCGAAAUAGUUUAAGGAACAAGCGACUGAUUCUGACUUACUUGGUGCCUGUUAAAAUGCUUCUGGGUUUUAUGCCGGCUAAACAUUUGCUACAGAAAUAUGAUCUGCUACAAUUUUGGGAUCUCGUUUCUGCAGUGAAAAAUGGAGAUCUCCGAGGUAUUGACAAAGUGAUGGAAGAACACGAAAACUUCUUCAUUAGGGCUGGUAUAUACUUAAUUGUUGAAAAGUUGAAGAUCACUGCCUAUAGGAAUCUGUUCAGGAAAGUGUAUUUAGCAGAAAAUACACAUCAGAUUGAUAUUGCUUGUUUCCAAGCUGCUUUAAAGGUAAUGGGACAAGAUGACGUGGAUUCCGAUGAAACUCAAUGUAUUGUGGCCAAUUUGAUCUUCGAUGGCAAAAUUAAGGGGUACAUUUCGUACCAACACAAAAAAGUUGUGGUGAGCAAGCAGAAUGCUUUUCCACCGUUAUCAAGUCUUUAUUAGUUUAGCGCAGGCCCUAGCGAGAUGGAGCAAGAUGAUUCCGAAUAAGCGGUUUAAAAUAUACAAAACAAGGACGAAGAGUACUCGCACUGGGUAAAAAACAUUCAAAGCAGUAUUUUUGCAGCCAAUCAAUUUUUCGGCUCAAUGUGUCCACUACUCAAUUCAUAAACGACACUUUUUCGAUGUUGAUGUUGUCACGAUUUAUUAUACUUACCAAAAUUACAAUUUGAUAUGCACCAAUUUGCAACAUAAAAAUAUGAAUGUUAGUGCUGUUUCUGACGUUGUUUUAAAACUGUUUAAACGUAGAUAUUCGGAAUUACGUAGUCGUAAUAAAACUUAAUGUUACGAUUUUCUCCACUUGUUGUUUAUUAGGGCCUACAUUAGUUGUAAACUAAUGAAAAUUAGUUUUUAAGAAAAUUGUAUUUUUGCUAAUCUGAACGAACGAAACAGGGUAAGUCUGUCGUCGGACUUUUGAUAAAAGAAGUGCCAGUGAAAGUUAAAUUAAGAAAUCGGUUUGGGUGGGUGUAAGCCGGGAAUUAGCAUUAUGUGAUGUUAUCAUCAUUUUAGCUGACGUCUAACGUAGCUUUUGUAUGGUUUAUGCUCCCAACCACGUUGUUAUGGACUUACUUCAGAUAGCAUAUGAGGAAUCUGAUUGGGCUUGCUACUCCAGGCAGUAUAAUCAGUGCAUUAUUGGACUCUGAAUUUGAAAGAGAUUUUGUGUAUUGCAUAUUAAAUAUUGUGUACUCUACUCUUGCAUUUAUUCAUGUAAUAUUAUUGAAUGUCAUAUUACUGAAAAUAGUGUUAACAGGAUGCAUAAUGCGAACACUAGGUGUUGCCUGUUCAUAAUUUUAUUAGUUUUAUGCAUAUUUAUUGUAGUAGUAAUUAUGUGAAGAUAAUGCUGUAGUGCUGAAAUGAAAUUUAGUCAAUCUGUAUUACAAACAAUUUAUCCGUAAUAUGUGUAACCAAAGUAUGUACUUUAUAUUUAUUUGCUAUCCUUAGUAGUACAGACCCUUCACCAAUUAGCGCUUGAUUUAUAAUCUUGGUUUGUCAGAUUGAAGAAACGAUUGUGAAAUAAAAACUCAAGGACAUGAAAA